AUGAACAAGAAGAAAUGUAGCUCUUUAUUUCUCAAACCCGGGGGUCGCACGAGGAUCAUACAAUGCAUCUAUGUGGUGGGCUUCAUGGAUCUGUUUGGAGUGAGCAUGAUCAUCCCUCUGCUCAGUCACCAUGUGAAGUCUCUGGGAGCCGGCCCCACUGUGGCGGGCAUUCUGGGAUCUACUUAUGGCAUUCUGCAGCUGUUCUCAAGCACGAUAGUUGGCAGCUGGAGUGACGUGGUCGGCCGCAGGUACUCCCUUCUGACCUGUUUGCUGAUCAGUGCUCUCGGCUACACUCUGCUCGGCCUCUCCUCCAGCAUCGGCCUGUUCGUCCUCGCCAGGAUCCCUGUGGGAAUGUUCAAACACUCGCUGUCCAUCUGCAGAGCGCUGUUGUCUGAUCUGGUGUCUGAGUCGGAGCGCCCUCUGGUGAUGGGACACUUUAACGCAGCCUCCAGUGUGGGCUUCAUCCUGGGCCCUGUGGUUGGUGGGUACCUCACAGAACACGACGGGGGCUUCUACACCUCUGCCUUCACCUGUGCAGCCAUUUUUGUGCUCAAUGCUGGACUUGUCUGGAUGUUGCCUUGGAGUGAUACAAUAUUUAACUGUAACGGCACAAGCCAUAACAGUAAAGCUUGUCUGGACUGUAACGGUCAUGCGAGCAGCCUACACCCGAAGCCUGCCGCAGUACCAGGAGAGGGCAACAGACGCCUGCUGCAGCCUGCAUGGAGGCAGCUGUCCUCCGUAGGAUCCAGGAUUCACACGGUGGCCUCCUCUGACAUGUGGGACCUGUUUCUUGUGCGUCUCCUCAUGGCCAUAGCGAUCAUGUUGUACUACAGUAACUUCUCCCUGGCCAUGGAGGAGCGCUUCUCCCUCACACCAAAGAUGACUGGAUACCUUAUCAGCUACAGCAGCCUGUUGGGGGCGUUGUCUGGGUUUUUAGUGGGGCCUGUCACCAAACUGUACGGGAAGAACAUGCAUGCGCUGCUGUUUCACUCCACGGUGCUCACUUCCACACUAAUUUUCCUCUACGCUACUGCCCCCAGUGUGUGGCAGGUGCUCCUCACCUCCACCUUCUUUGCAAUCUCCACCUCCAUCGGUCGGACUUGUGUCACAGACCUGGAGCUGCAGCGGGGGGGCGUGCAGUCUAGUGGGACCCUGAUCGGAGCAGGACAGUCAGUCACUGCUGUGGGGAGGGUCCUGGCCCCUCUCCUGUCCGGACUCACCCAGGAGGUCAGCCCCUGUGGACCCCCCAGUCUGGGAGUGCUCCUAGCGCUGGCUGCUGUUGGGUUACUGCUGAUCCGAAUCCCCGCAUGGGAAGGGAGAAGGACAAAACAGGAAUGA